AACGCGCGCGAAGUGUGCCGUUAGUGGUUAGUGUCGAGUAGAGCCAAGUUUUCUGUUCCUGCCUGCCGUCUUCGUAGUGUUCGUCGUCGUUGUCGUUAUCGUUAUCGGGAAACUGGCUACCGUUCUGGAGACGAGUGUGUGAUCUACUUCUGCUUGGUGGGUGGAAAGUGUUCCAAGUGUAAUUUUUUUUUCGUCUUCUUUGAUUUGGGUGGCCAAGUUCACGAAAGUGACGGCGAAAUCUUGACCGAUAACGGUGGAUUCGCUUCACUGGCCAUUAUCAGCUAUUUCGAGUGUCAAGGUUGAUGAAGUCGCCGCUCAAGUCGGUUCACAACAAUCGAAAAGUUGAAUCAGUUCAAACGGGAAGGACGACGCGAUUUUUUUUCGCCGUGCUUGUGGUGGUGAUUUUGUGAACGGCUAGUGUGAGAAGAAAAAUAAAAACGAACGAACGACGAGGUGGAUAAUCUGAAAGUCAAAGUGGAAACAAGGAGCAAGAGGGAACAAGUUCAACUGCGUUCUGCACCGUGUCGUUCGAUCGAAUCAAUUCGAAAACCGGCUUUCGAUAGUUUCAAGUUGUCGAUGAAUCAUUGUUGAAAACCCAUCCGCUUAAGCGCGUGAAAGCUCGAUUGUGGUGACGGCUCAUGUGUGCGCGUCAAUAAAAAUCGAAGCUUCCUUGCGACGGACGGACUGGUCGGCCAAAAAGUAGUCUAAUUAGGUCAAGGACAACCGGUGAGGAUCACCAAGCCGAGCCGAACAGGAAGCGUGGCAGCCAUUCGAAAUAAUUUAUUUAAAUCUUCAAGAUGCUAAGUGAUUUAAUUCUUCAAAAGUGAACUGACAUUUUUCUUCUUCUGCUUCUACGGAACCAAUCAUUCGGCGCUAGGGAAACUGAACUCACAUUCCAGUCAUGGCCUACGCUGACGAAAUAUUUUCAUGGCAGUGAAAUAAUACGUGAAGUGAAGAUUUUUGCGUACUGUCGGUAACUGAUCGGACUUUCCCUCGAAGUUUCGCUGGCUGGUGCACCGACGCCAAUAUUUGUAAGCACCUCCCUGAUAGUGAGCGUCGAUCAAGUAACAACUUGACUCGAGUUAGUCACGAACAAGUCUCUCCGAUGGCGCAACACGCGACUGGCUAGUGGAGCGAGGAAGCAAAAUUAAAAUUUUCUCAAAAUUGCUAGCAUAACCCAUAUCUGAAACGGUGUGGCGAAGAAAGUAACAAAAAAAAAAUGAAGUAAAUCGCACACCCGCGUUAAAUUACAACUUCGGUUCGGCUAUUUUUAUGCUGGGCGGAUUGCAAAUCACGUAGAUUUUUUGGGAGGAAAUCACAAACCACCGCCGUCAAUGGUUCGAGAGGAAAGAAAAAACCGACUUCGGAACGGAGACUAGCGAGUCCGAUCGAUGCGUGACGAAAAUUUUUCAGCCCAUUUAAGGCGUUCGUUCAUGGUUAGAACCGAUUAAAAUUUUUAUUCUUUUUCAGUGAAAGUGAAAGUGUGAUUGUUUUGGUGUAAUAAUUUGAAGAAAAAAAAAUCAAUUUGAAGUGUUGUUGAAAGCUAACGAGUGAAAUUCAUUUUCGGUGUCUCGACGCACCCAAAUCUGAGCAGUGUACUUGCUUUUUCUUCUUUUGUUUAUUUUUUUUGGCGGAAAUCUUCUUUACCGACUCGAACCGUCGCCAUGGUGAUGUCACUGUACCGGACUAUUAAAGGCCACACCGGGACCUACAAGCGCAGGAAGACUCGCGUGCUGGAUCGAAGUUUGGGAUCCCUCGAGGCCACCCUACCGCGUGAGAUGGUGUCACGGCGUAAAAUUUUGUCCCGUUCGCGGGACGACCUAAAUCUGGACUCGUCGUUUAUCGCCCAGGAGGAAGAGGAAGACGUCUGGUACCAGAAGGAGAAACUCUAUAAGGAACACAUCCAGGAAGUGCUGGACAAAUGGACACAGAUCGACGACGAAAUCUGGGCAAAAGUGAUCGUGUUCGAGCGGAAUCGCCGCGUGGCCAAGGCCUACGCCCGUGCGCCAGUUCUGACCAUCAACGGAUCGGACGACGGAUUCGACGGUAUGCGGAUCGGUUUAUGCGGCUUCGACAACCCGAUGCGUGAUCACAAGACAGAGGAAGUGAAGCGACACGUCGGACAGGGCGUCAAAAUCAAAAUGGACGACGCCGGAAACAUACUGAUCAGACGCUACUCGAAGAGCAACGUGUACGUCAAGAGCACAGCCAGUCAGCCAAACGAGGAAACUGCAAUCGGAGCGGAUAUCCUAAAACUUCCCGGACAGGCCAUCGAGAGUGAGAAAAUUGUUAAGUUAUUUGAUAUGAAAAAGUUCCAGUCAAAUGUCAACCGAGAGCUGCGGCGUGCUUAUCCGGACCGCCGCCGGCUCGAGACUCAGUGCCUGUCGGCGAUCGCGUUCGGUAAAUCGGAAAACGAUGUCCUGGACUGCCCGAUCUGGGUGCUGAUCAUCAACGUAGUCGCGAUGGAUAUGCUGAAGAGUAAGCUACCUCCAGUUCAUCGCCCGGUGGACAUCAAAAAUCGUCCCCGGAUUCCGAUCCCGGACGAGGAUCCGUACAGCGUGGCCGGCAACGGUGGCGGCAGCUCCGGUAGCUCCGGAUUCGGUGCCAGCGGUAGCGGUCUGGUUGGAUCCUCGCGGGACCAUCUGAUGCAGGGCUCGGCAAUGCAGGUCCAGCGGCGCAGCGAAAAACCACCGAAGCUACCUCCGCGGGAUAAUCUGUACGCGUCGCACGAUAUUGUGAAGCCGGACUACGAUGACAUCGAGGACGAGAAUCGCGUCAAGCUGCCACGAGGAAAAUCAGACAAAGGCAAAGAUAAUAAGAAGUAUGAUGAUCCUUACUACUGCGGACUGCGAGCCCGAGUGCCAAAUUUCGUCAAAUCGUCCAAAUCAAAGGAAAACAACAACAACAGCAACGUAGCCAACAACAACAGCAACAGCAAGGAGAGUGCUGCCAUCUCCAAACGCUUAUCGGUAGCUCAUUUGCAGCAUCCUUCGUCGCUGCAAUCGUUGCACCAGCUGCACCAGAUGCAUCCCCAUCACAGCCUGAUGGCCGCCCAUCAGCACCACCAGCAGCUCAUGUGGCACGCCAGAAGCUACGAGAGUGGAAUCGAUACCGACGUCGUCGAAUCGCCCUAUAGUCACAUGUACGGUCGGGUUCCGUUGCCGACGCGGGGCUACAUUCCGGCACCACGGGCCAUGUACAUCGGCGAAUGGGAUUAGAACACCGGGCCGAACACCGUGCCCAAGUUCCGGUUGUUUGCUUUGCUAAACAAAAAAAAUAUAUCUUUCGGUUUUGAAAUUUCGUACUUUCUCUUCAACUGAAUCUGUUUAGUUCGUAAGUGAAUGAUUAGUUCUGUUAUUAUUAUUAUUAUUAUUAUAAUGGUGUAAAUAGUUAUGAACGACGAAGAAAAGGAAGGCUCCGGUACCAUUUGGAACUUAACCAACGUUGAGAACGAUACUGCCAUGCAACCCCCAUCAUAAUUUGCUUAUUAUUAGAAAAAAAAUCCCUCUUUCUUUUUCGUUUCGGACCAACGAGAUUUGGAACAACAAUUGUGUGCGCGCUGCCGAAUAGUGCGCGUGUAAAUAAACAAAGGAAAAUUAUUUAACGCCAGAAAUAAAAAUUUGUAACGACACGGAAAAAUAAAACAAAAGAAACAAAGAUUAGCUCUGCUGUAAAUAUCUCCACUGAUUAUCAAACAACAGUUUCGAUUUUGAUAAAAGAUGGAAACUCACGCGAUGGAUCGUAUUUUAAGAAGAAGAAGAAGAAGAAGCAGAACAAAAAAAAAGCAAUAUGUUUUACUGUCAUUUAUAUUAUUGAAACUGUUAUCAUGUACUGUACUUGUAUGACUAAGUUUUAACUCUCGCUGCAAGUGUUUAUUUCUCUAGUGGUAAGUCAAGGAAACUACUAACAAUUGAAGCAACGAAAUAAAAAGUGACACUGGCUCCCGAAAUUGUUGUAAAGAAUCGGAAACUCCGGCGGAGCAGUGAAACCAAUCACGAUGGCAUAAUACUCAACAUAAAUUCAUGUACGCGCGUCUGUAAUUAUUUUUUUAACCUUUAUCUAAGGCAGAAGACAAUCUUUUUGAUGUUUGUUUUGUGGACCCAACCGUCGUCACACGAUUUUUCUCGCCAAAAACAAAAAAAAAAAAAAGUCCAACUGGUUAAGACGCCAAAGAUACUGAACUUAUUCGCAGAAACCAUUAACUAGAGUUUCGAUUGAUAAAUCAUGAUAAGACGAUGGCUAUGAUUUCUCGGUUGAACCCCUCAACUCUGGGAAUAACAAUCGGUAGUCUUCGGACCUAGGAAUUCUUUCGCUGUGAAAGAGAACACGAAACCCAAAAAACUGUUUGGUGAAAAAGCGCCAAACCAGUGACAACGGUGGGAACAACAAACGUCGAAACGCAUUGGUUUCAACCGUUCUGACUAUUCUAUCACCUAUUCGAUAGAAGUCUGCGCAGGCAUGAGAUUGCAAUAGCCUCCCACAAUUGAAAUAAUCUAAUAAUCUAAUCUAAGCCUUGUCUACUACUACAACUACUACUACUAUUGAACAACGACGAGCCAUCGGAAAAAAAACAACGGGGUUUGUCUCUAUUGUACAUUUGCUACUCAACACACAGACGUACAUGCGUUUACCGGUAAUUUACCCCCCUUCAUACUCCCUCUACGGUAAUUGCUAGGCGCUAGUUUUAACCCUAUGUAGUUAUAGUUAAGCUACACUCUCUCGGAAACGAACUGGAGAUCCGGAGAUCCGGCCAAAUCCGCCCGUUCAGAGGAGUGAAAAAUAUAUCAAUAAGUUAGUGAACGAGUUUUCCAUACCUUUUUUUUUGUUAUCUAGACACUGGUGAAAGGAACAAAAUUUUGCAUGAAAUAAAAACACUCAAGCCGUCAAACUUGUUACUGAGAGUGUGUGAAAAAACGAGACAGAAGUUACGAAUAACCGUGAAACACUGCCCACGCAACUGAACCUAAUAAAUAAUAUUCAGCUCAAGUAGAGCACGAAGUAAUGGCAACACUUUUCGAUUUAAAAAAAAAACAAGAAAUAAAUGCACUGUUAACGAGACAAGCAAAAUCUAUUCAUAUAAUACAAGUAAUGGCAUCUCAUCGAUUAACAAUCGAUCGAGAGAACUUGAAAACUCGAAUAUUGUCCAGGGACAAGUGAAGAACAAUUCACAAUCAAUAGAAUAAAUUAAAGAAGAAGAAAUACACACAUACGCACGCACAUACUUAGUCGGCGCGAGUAGAGAAUAGAGACAGCGGAAAAUAUACCCAUAUAAAAGAAAAACAUUAAAAUUAUACCUAUAGUGAUUGAUUGACGAUUGUAACUUAGCGAAAACAAAACGGAAACUUAUCGAAUAAAUUAAAUAUUUUAAAAAUAA